CGUAUCCGGAAAACGGAAGUCACGUGCUCACCUCAGUCCUUUCACUGUUGCUAUGGCCGCCCUGUGUCUCCAUGUCAACUACAGAGAUAACUAACUUGUUAGCAGAAAAGCAGCUUGCUAGAAGGACAGAGAGAUGGCAGAGACAGGUGAUAGUAAAAAGGAAGAAGCUGACUACAAGAGACUACACAGUUUCCCUCUCAUAAGGCACACAGAUAUGCCGGAGGAGAUGCGAGUUGAGACCAUGGAGCUGUGUGUCACUGCCUGUGAGAAGUUCGCCACCAACAACGAGAGCGCGGCCAAGAUGAUCAAGGAGACCAUGGACAAGAAGUUUGGGAGCUCGUGGCACGUGGUCAUCGGCGAGGGGUUCGGCUUCGAGGUCACGCACGAGGUCAAGAACCUGCUCUACAUGUUCUUCGGCGGGAGCCUGGCCGUGUGUGUGUGGAAGUGCUCCUAGCACACGCACACACACAGAGACACACACACACACACACACACACACACACACACACACAGCUUUCACAAAUCAGCUGGAUUGUCACUACCUACUGUUUUUAGUAUUUCUACUGUAUGUGCACAGUGUAUUCCACAGUACACCAAACACAACAGCACACUCUCUUACCAGCCAACCUAACACACACACACACACACACACACACACACACACACACACCUGAUAGGCCGUGGUCAGGGCUGAAGACACAUCAGCUCGUUGGCAUGGGGAGUGUGUGUAGUGUCUCAAAUGAUAUACAGCCUCUGCUAUGCAGUCCUUUUCCUGCUUCAGGUGUGUGUUGAUUUGUGACUAACUGAUUGGCUGAGAAUGUGUGUGUGUGUGUGUGUGUGUGAGCAUCAUUUCUCUCCCACUCUCAGUCUGUGGAAGCUGUCUGAUUCACAUACGCGUAAGACCCCCCUCCCAUCACCUAAACACACGCACACACACGUUUCCUUCCGCUCAGCUGCAUGACGUGUGUGUGUGUGCGUGUGCGCGCGUGUGUGUGUGUGUGUGUGUGCGUGUGUGCAUGUGUGAAGGAGAGAGAGAGGGACAUGAUGUGAGAGAGUGUGUGUCUGUCCUGUUACAUUCCAUUACAUACUUUUCUAAAAAUGCAUCUCAAUCUUGCAUGUCUGUCUCCUAUUCUUCUUUUGCUCUCUCUCUCUUCAUCUCUCCAUCCCUCCAUCUCUUCCUCAUUCUCUCUCAAUUCAUCUCACCAUCACUUCCUCUUAUUCUCUCUCUCUCUCUCUCUAUCCCUCGCUCCCCUUUGGCACACACUUUGUGGGUCCCUGAGCUCACACCAUCUGUCACACUCGUUUGCUGUUUUUUUUAUCUCUGUCUUUUUUCUGCCUUCAUCUCUCCCUCUUUAUCUCUGUAUUCCCCUGAAACCUCUCCCUCCCUCCGUCCGCCCGUCCAGCCUUUAUCUCUUUAAUCUGACCUCCAGUCUGACCCCACCACUACAUCCCCCACAACCCCCGGCACCAAGUCCACACUACAUCCCCCACAACCCCCGGCACUAAGUCCACACUACAUCCCCCACAACCCCCGGCACCAAGUCCACACUACAUCCCCCACAAUCCCCGGCACAAAGUCCCCUCAUGGAAAAUGCCACAGGGAUUUCUCAAAUGUUCUUAAUGUAUAUACUUGAAUACCAUUGUAUAAAACAAAAAAAAUUCUCACUCUAGAGAAUACAUUCAUAUUAGCUUUGUUGGUAUAUAUUUUGUAUGAAAAGGGCUCGACAUUUCAAAGAAUGCUUUUUGGUUUUUAAAUAAACAAGAGGCUGCAACUCUGCGGUCGUGACCAAACUCCCACCCCAGGCUGACCCCCACCCUUUAUAGCAUCGUAAUGAGACAACGUCAGAAUAUUGUGUAACCUGUUGAGGCUGUCUUUAGUAUGUCAUCAUUGUAGAAUGACAAAGAAUGUUUGCCAUAUUGUUGCUGCGUGUGAAGACUCUGUGUGCUGGUAAGACCGAAGACGACAUCUUCCAGAUCAGCGCUCUGUCCUACAGAGGGAUGGACCAGUGGAACAUAGGCGCUUGAGGCAGGUCUCAGACCAGCUGGAAGCCCUGAACUGUAACAACUGGACCCAUGUUCGUUGACUCUAUAACUAUUCCACCGUCAAUACUGUAAGAAUAUUUGUCUCCUAGAACUGUUUCCGUCACAGAACACACUAAUAAAGUGCCCUGGAAUGUUCUCACCUGGA